AUGGGAUACCGAAAAUUCAAGAAAAGCAAUUUGGAAAACCCCGAAGUGAUUAUUGAGAAGAUCGCAAGUCAUUUGAAGAUAGCAGAUAAAAUCACGGCAAGCAAAUGUACUCAGUACAAUAAUCCUAGGGAGACCUAUGACUACGAAGGCUACAUCCUCAAGUACACUCUGCCCCACGAGUUAGAAGAGUUUGUGAACGUCAAAAUAAAAAACAACAUGAUGUUCAUAAAGGCUAAAAUGCAACAAUCGCAGCUAUCCGACAUAAAGAUUCUGCAACACAAUUUGGAGACAAGAGACGCCAUCUGGUGGAUAGACGGGGAAGAUCUAACAAUUAGUAUGCCAAAUAGGAUCAAAGAUGGCGUUUACGCACCGAUGAAGUGUGAGGAUAGAGAGAUAGACAUCGAUGUUCCUCUGAGUCCUGAAUAUAGUGUUUACCAGUUUCUGCAUAUGAAUAUUUAUGAAAAACCAAUUGUUACAAACGUCUGA